CCCACCUGUGUUGGAUCAAAAUUCUGAAACAUUGGCAUCAAGCUGUGUUCAAGAUGAGAAGACCCAGGGCACUUCAAGCAGUUGUGUAGCAGGUUUCACCUGCAGAACAGUGCUGUGCGGGCACACGGGCAUGGUGACAGCACUUGCUGUGGCAGCCGGCGAUGCUGGACUGUACUUCCCCUACCUGCUUAGUGGAGGAUGGGAUGGAAAGCUGUGUCUUUGGGACCUGCACAACCACUCUUUGCAAAACGCCUUUUCCAGUCUACCUGAGGACAACGGGCCCAUCCUGGAUAUGGCCUACUCCCCAAAGAGGAGGGAAUUUGCUUUCUCUUCUAGCACUGGCAGAGUUUUUAUCUGUGCUUUCAAUCCUCACUGUGCUGAACUGGUGCUCCUGGCUGAGCUCUGUGGGCACAAAGCUGCUGUCGUAGCCUUGGUCUGGCACCCACUAGAGGACAAGUGGGUUAGCGGUGCUGAAGAUGGCUCCAUUCGGCUCUGGAGCGAAGAUGGUGGAUGCUGUGUGCAGAACCUGAGAGCCUCCAGAGGGAUUACUUGCCUCUGCAUCGACCAGGUCAAUGGCUGCAUUCUUGCAGGGGUCCAUGAUACCAUCAGGGUUUAUGAUCCAAAUUCUGGAGUGCAGGUGCAAAGUUACACAGGGCACCAAGAUUCCGUCAAGGGACUCAUCCAUGUCCCAGAAAUGGAGCAGUAUGUGUCGGUCUCUCUAGAUGGCACAGUGUGCAUGUGGAAGGCCUAUCGCCCGGGGGAGCAGCUCGCGACCCAGGUCAGGUGGUGACUUCAAUCUCCUGCUGGGUGCUACCCAGGACCUAGACUCUGAGACUCUCAGCUUCCAUUUUAACAAAGAGCACAUUUCCAUCCUUUGUGGUUGUGCAGGAAAGCUUCAAAAGACGUGUGUUCAGCAUGCUCAGAAGCUAGUGAAACAACUAGGUGGGGCUUCCAGUGGUCAAGGGUGAGGCUUCUGUGCUCUGAUGCUUCCUGUCCCCUCCCCAUAGUCCUUGCUUCUGUGUCUCUCUUUCCUCCCCUUUUACUGCCGUCACAGUCCCUGCAAGCAUAUUCUGUGAAAUGACAUUUGCAAUGAGAAUAACUUGUGCCGACCAAGAACAUACAAGCUAAUGUGGAUAAUUAACUGUGAUCUUUUCUUUGGUGCUGUCUUCUGCCCGUGCCCAUGUCCUGCUGCACUUAAAUUAGAUUUGAGCUUACACAUUCAAGGCAGAAUGCAAGAACUUCAAAAGGCCAGACACAGCCAGUGAUUAGGUGCCCCCAGCCAGCCUGAAAUGUGGCAGGAAGCUUUCAUGUCAAUGAGUCAUCUCUGUAUAAGCAAUUUGCACUCAUAUUCUAAGAAAUAAUGCAGCCUAGCCAGGAAAGGUUAAAAAUUAAAAACAGCAGUAAACGCUGAUGCAUAUUGAUUGAAAUUCUUUUCCGGACCCAUGAUCAAAGUUGUUAGUGCAGUAAACAUGCAGCUGUUAGCCACUGGCUAGGCCAGGGGUAGGCAACCUAAGGCCUGGGGGCCGGAUGCGGCCCAAUCGCCUACUAAAUCCGGCCCGCAGACGGUCUGGGAAUCAGUGUGUUUUUACAUGAGUAGAAUGUAUCCUUUUUUAAAAAAAUGCA